GUCAUCUAUGAAAGUUAAGAACUCUCCCUUCCAAGGACAGAAAGUCUCGCUCUUCCAGGAAUCAUCUCGCUUGCAGAAGCUGCUUCACUCGGGGUUGAAGAGAGAGCCUAGAGGAUGGAGGAUGAAGAGGGAUACAUGACAAUAGACAGAGAAAGCAGGAACACCUAUGCGCCACCUGUUCCCCCAAAGCCACAAGAAUCUCCUUCGAAAUGCUGCAAAGUCACGCUGAGGGUCUUACUGGCAGUCAGCAUCGCUCUGAACGUGGCCCUGAUCGUUGUUCUUAUAGUUUUCCAGGUGAGAAAUGUGGAAGGCAGUUCCUGCUCAUCGAGUUCCCCCAGUUCAUGCACUGCGCUUCCAGGAAAUCCAACAGCCCGUGUGACUCUGGAUCCAGACACGGCCCACCGGCGGCUGGUGGUGUCCAAGGAUGAGAAAAGUGUGCGAUGGGGAGAGGUGGAGCAGACUCUUCCCAAGAACACCAAGAGAUUUAACCAGCACGUUUGUGUGCUGGGCAGGGAGGGAUUCGCUUCAGGGAAACACUGCUGGGAGGUUGGCAUAAAGGGCAAGGGGGAAUGGGCAGUCGGGGUGGCCAAGGAGUCUGUGAAGAGAGAAGGGCUGAUAGACUUCAGCCCCGCUGCAGGCAUCUGGGGGAUAGGAGAGUACGAGGGACUCGGUAACUACAUAGCUUUCAGCACUCCCCACACAAAGCUCUCCUUUCGCACGAGGCCACAGUGGAUCCGCGUGUUUUUGGACUACACUGCAGGGCAGGUGGAUUUUUUCGACCCGGAAACCCAGACCACAAUCUACACGUUCAGUUCAGCCACUUUUGGUGGGGGGAAGGUUCUCCCUUGGUUCCGUGUGUGGGAUGGAACUGAGCUUAUUGUGCGUCCCUGAGACACUGGACUCCGCACAAAAGGGUUCUUCUGCCUCUGGAGCAGCCUAGGCCCUGUGACCCCGGAAUACCCAACUGAUGUCUCUCCAUAGCACCUUCCUGUGUUUCUACAUGGUUUUUAAUUGUCUUUAAAUGGUUUGAUUUCAGUUGCAUUGUUUUAACGUUUCGAUGCUUGCGAUCCUGGGGUCCCUUGGAAGGAA